AUGGCCGCCGGCAUGGGCGUGCUCCUCGACGUCCAGGACGGCGAGGGGAAGACGUGGCGGUUCCGGUACUUGUACUGCCGGAGCAGCCGGAUCUACAUCCUCACCAAGGGCUGGAGGCGCUUCGUCCGGGAGAAGGGCCUCCAGGCCGGUGACACGGUGGCGUUCUCCCGGUCGGCGAUUGGGCCGUUCAAGCAGAUGCACAUAGACUACUGGAAGAAGAAGCAGGAGGAUGUCACGGCCGAUGACGCCAUCGCCGCCGUCGAUUCCCCUGUCGUCAUGCUGUUUGGCCUUGACAUUGCCAGAAGAGGAAGUCCAGAGCUACGGAGUAGUAGCUAG